AGAGAUUUCCAGAUAUUUAACAAAUUAAUAACUAGUUAACGCCAUUAAAACACAUAGCAGGGAUGACGGCUCUGACUUGGUGGGAAGUGUGCAUCAAGUAUGCCUUCAUCGUCUUUAAUUUCACCUUCUGGGUGGCAGGUACUGGAGUGCUGGUUUUGGGCAUUUGGCUACAUUUUGACUCCAGGACAGCAGGACUGCUUAAUGCAGAGAACUCACCUACAGUCUUCUUCACUGGUGUGAAUAUCCUAAUAGCGGCAGGGACUCUGAUGAUGGUCAUGGGCUUCCUCGGAUGCUGCGGGGCCAUUAAAGAGUCGAAGUGCAUGCUGGGAUUGUUCUUCCUCUUCCUGCUCAUCAUCUUUGCUGUGGAAGUGUCUGCUGGGAUCUGGGGCCUCUCCAACAAGGACAGGGUGGUGAAGGAAGUUACGGAGUUCUAUAAUCAGACUUACGCCAAAUCCAAAUCCACAUCCACAUCCACCACACAGGGAGCACUGAACGAGACCCUCCGUGUCAUCCACCUUGGACUCAACUGCUGCGGCCCCACAGGGAUGAAGAAAGAUGCUGUUGAAGAUACCUGCCCCAAGAAGACAGGACCGGAGCUCAUCAUCAUGAGCUGUCCGGAAGCCAUCAACGCGACGUUCUACAACAAACUGCACGUCAUCGGCGGGGUCGGCCUCGGUAUCAGUGUCAUCAUGAUCUUUGGGAUGGUGUUCAGCAUUAUGCUCUGCUGCGCCAUUGUGAGGUCCACGUUCUGAACAAACACAAAAUCCUGUCCAUCAAUCUUUAGCUUAAGGGUGCUCACUUUCCAAUCCUCUGCUUUAAAGUUUAAAUCAGUUUAAUAAUCGUAACGGGCAUCUCUUAGUUUGGAUCCAUACAGGAUGGUUGUGUUGACCUGUGAGAGUAUGGAUACAAAUGUUAUUGUGUUGGAUGAUAUUGAAGAUCACUCCUAUUAACUCUGUUUUUCCCUUUUUAAUCACAGUUUUUAUUGUUUGAUAAUAUAAACUGCAGUUUAUGUAAAAUGUGUUUACUGUUUUGAGUUGUAAUUACAAAUGAGUAAAAAAAAAGCGUGUUUUUCAAUUUUGGUUACGUUAGAAGCUUUUGAUUUUUAUGAACUGGACUGGAAAUUUCUGUUAAUAUUUUUGAUGAAGGCAAAUAUUGAGAAAUAAAUUUACUUAUAAACAAUGA